UUCCUUCAAUUCUACGCACCAUUAUUUACAAAGUCAUUUGGGACCAAUCAAAGAACAUACAGUUCUUACUUUGGACCCGAAAACUGGAAAAGUCUUAGGCCAAUGGGGUUCACACUUCUUUUACAUGCCACAUGGCCUUACCAUCGAUCGACACGACAACUUAUGGGUCACAGAUGUGGCACUCCACCAGGCCUUCAAAUUUCGCCCUGGCGAACUUCAACCGAGCUUAACAUUUGGUCAAGAAUUUCAACCGGGCUCGGGAAUUCAACAUCUAUGCAAGCCUACGGCCGUUGCUGUGGCGACUACCGGUGAAAUAUUUAUCGCCGAUGGAUAUUGCAAUAACAGAAUUUUAAAGUAUAAUGCUGCAGGAGGACUUUUGCGCGUUAUACCUAAUCCACCAGAGUUCUUGUCUUUACAAGUACCACAUGCCUUGGCUCUUAUAGAAUCAAUGGACAGACUUUGCGUGGCUGAUAGGGAAAAUAUGAGGGUUACUUGUCCUAGAGCAGGUUUAUACAGUGUGCAAGGGAAACGUGAGCCAGCUUUGACUAUUCAACAACCUGACAUGGGACGAGUUUUUGGGGUAGCUGCUAGAGGAAAUCUCAUUUAUGCCGUGAAUGGUCCAACAUCGCCAUUGCUUACAGUGCAAGGUCUGACCAUCGAUCCUCAAUCGGAAUCCGUUAUCGAUCACUGGGCUCCUGAAGAGGGCUUCGGUAAUCCACACGCUAUAGCGGCGUGUCCCAACAAUUCGGCCCUUUACAUCGUCGAGAUCGGACCGAAUCGCAUCUGGAAGUUUGAACUGGUGCCGCCAAAGAAAUAGGAAUCCUUCAGGGUAUUUAUUAUCACGAAACAGUAUAGCAUUUAAAUGUAGUAUUAAGAGUUAGUUCGCUAAAUGUUUAUGUAAUGCUCGAUGACAUAGUACAAAUGUUAUUAUUGAUUCGAUGCGUAGUUGUAAUGCAUACUUUAGCAAUUCAUAAUGGAGUGUGCAGUAAACCCUAAUAAUCAUAACUUAUUGAUGUUCGAUGACUUCUUCGGUUUUUAUUCGGGAUGAAUUUAAUUGGACAAUAAUAAAUGAAGAAUCUCCCAA